CCAUAUUCACUACAACUUAAUUCUUUUCCAUUUGUUGUAAAUUUCUUUUUUAUGUAUCGAUUAUUAAUUCUGUCGCCGAAUUACAAUCUGGCGGCGUGAGUCCAUCGGCGUCUGCUUCGAGGUAGACGAUCUGGUUCGGUUCUCUCUCUCCCUCCCUCCCUCAAGAAGCCGUGCGAGCGUCGGGGAGCCAUGUUUCUGCUGGAUUGGUUCUAUGGCGUCUUGGCCUCGCUCGGUCUAUGGCAGAAGGAGGCCAAGAUACUGUUCCUAGGGCUCGACAAUGCCGGCAAGACCACGUUGCUCCACAUGCUCAAAGAUGAGAGAUUGGUUCAGCACCAGCCCACCCAGUACCCGACCUCGGAAGAAUUGAGUAUCGGGAAAAUCAAAUUCAAAGCUUUUGAUCUGGGUGGCCAUCAGAUUGCUCGCCGGGUGUGGAAGGACUAUUAUGCCAAGGUGGAUGCUGUGGUUUACCUUGUGGAUGCAUAUGACAAGGAGAGGUUUGCAGAAUCUAAGAAGGAAUUAGAUGCGCUUCUUUCUGAUGAAGCCCUAGCCAACGUCCCAUUUCUCAUAUUGGGAAAUAAGAUAGACAUACCUUAUGCUGCCUCGGAGGAUGAGCUGCGAUAUCACCUUGGUCUGACCAACUUCACAACUGGCAAGGGAAAAGUAAACCUUGCGGACUCAAAUGUUCGCCCGCUUGAAGUAUUCAUGUGCAGCAUCGUACGCAAAAUGGGGUAUGGAGAUGGUUUCAAGUGGGUUUCUCAAUACAUCAACUAGAGGAUAGUUUGGACGAAGUGCUCUUGUUCUCAAACGCCCCCAGUUUGAUCACACUAUGACAUAUAAAUAUUCGUCCCUGUUAUACUCUAAGUCAGUUUUAAGUUGGAUGUACCUUGUCAUGAUAUGUUUGCAAGGUGAAUUUAUGUUGAUUCUCUCUGGCA